AUGAUCGACCCGGAGUUCAGAUACUUUGCCCCCGGCGGUUUCAUCCAGCCGGGUGGGCCUAGCACCUGGCACAUUCUCGAUUGGGACCAGAGGCGAGUGAUCGCCGUUACCAUGGACGAAGAACAGGACAGCGAAGACCUGGCCAUCGAACAUCUGGAGAAACACAUCGAUACCCUCCCGCCUGACGUGUACGCGAUUCACGUCUCUCACGACGGACAUCUGAUUUCCACCUCCACCGACCCCGAAGAUGACGAAACCACCUGCGUAUAUUACCCGCCUCUAGAGGAACUGCAGCGGCCAGAGGGUCUCCGAACCAUCACCCGCUCCGACCUGGAGGAAAUCGACCGGAUAUGUCCCAACGUUGAUCUCGUGUCAUAUCAGGCACACCCUGGCGUCGGCGGCGCGAAGAAGGUCGUGUUCAAAUACUAUUUUCUCUACCAGUUCAUGCACAAGCUGUGGCAUGAAAUGAAUUUGUGGAUGCGUCUUCCUCCGCAUCCGAACAUCGUCAAGUUCGACCGACUCGUUGUUGACGAACUCGACGGUCACGUUGUCGGGUUCACGAAUGUUUAUAUCCCCGGCGGCACCAUUGAGGAUAACCGAGCACGUGUGUUCAAGCUCAAAUGGCUUGAGCAGCUGACCCGUGUCGUGGACGACCUCAACCUCAAGCACGGCAUCGUGCAUCAGGACAUCGCCGCACGGAAUCUGCUGGUGGAUCCGUCGACCGACAACCUUCUUCUGUUUGACUUCAACCACUCGGGUCGCAUUGGAGGCGACGGGCACGUCAACGAGCGAGACGACGUCAAGGGUGUCAUCUUCACCCUGUACGAGAUCAUCACCCGCGAUAAGCAUUUCAGGGAGGUGCCCCAUGACCAGCAGAAUCCCGCCGACGUUCAAUCGUUGGAUACGUGGCCCCAACACCAAGACGUUCACCUCGAUCGCCCCGUCUCGGAAUAUCGGUCGGUUCUGGAUCGAUGGGUACAGCGGAGGCAAGAAGGAAAGCGUAUUUCUGUUUAUACGGAAGCGGAGGACCCCAUCGACUGGCCGCUAAUUAACCCACCCCCCGAACCGCCCUUCCUCAGCUCAGACGCGGAAGGCAAUCCGAUUACAAAGAUGGUAUCGAGCUGGGCUGAAUUACGCCAAAGCAAGAGACAGAAGGGCGAGGUCACCCUGGACUGGGAACGCCCACCGCAAAACAGAGCUGUAUGA